AUGGAAGAUUCGGCAAAGCUCUUGAGCGCAGAGAAUGUGAACUUCUCUGCGCUGGAGCAAUUGGCACAGGAAGUGGCGACUUUCGUAACUCGAGGCGGUCUGCGACGCCUCGACUUCGCACUGAACUCGCGUGGACAACCCGAUGUGGCAGUUUUCGAUUUCACUAGCCUCAGUGCCGCGCAGUAUGCCUGUCGAGUUGUUGAUCGUAAGGGCCGUCCUCUCUGCCAAUGCCUUGUUGGCGAUGCUCUCCUAGAGCCUUUUUGGCCACGUGGAAGUGGCUGCGCUCUGGGCUUCCUUUCGGCUCUCGACGCCGCUUGGGCAGUGAGUCUGUUCGCGGCUGGACAUCAUCCACUGCGCGUCAUUGCUUGGCGCGACUCUGUCUACCAACGACUAAGCCAGACCAGUCCAUCCAAUAUGCCACCGAACUUCGCUUCUUAUUCCUUCCUUCCUACCACCCGAUACACUCGCAUCGACCUGGAGUUGGUCCGUCCAAUGCAAGUGCGUCAUCUCUAUGACUCAGAUAUAACCUCCAGCAUGACAGAACGCAAGUCUUUCGCAUUUCUUCGAGACUCUUUGAAAUCCGACAGUCAGAAUAUGACAUCCGCUCCCACCAUCGCUACCACAAAGGUUAAUGACUACUCUUCCAAGCCGACCUUCAGUCCAUAUAUCAGUCUUCUCAAGUGGUAUCAACAACGCCUCUCGCCCUAUUCUGGCGUUCUUUGCCCACCGAUCGUAGAUUUGUCUGUCGAUACGUGGGCCGACGGUCGGGCUCUGCGGUGCUUACUGCAUAAGUACCGUUCCGACCUGGUGCCUGAGGAAGCUCUGAAUAUGACAUUAAUUAUGGAGAUAGGGGACGUAAUGCAUCUCCUUGCCGAGCAUUUUGGCGCUCCUAGCACUAUGAUUGAUACGGGAUGGCCGCACUACCUGGACGCGCUUCAUGAUUGCCUGAAAGGUCGCGACCCUAUAUUUUUGGCUGAUAUGACGGUUCGGAGGCAACUUGUGACUGAAAACAGAGUGCAGCAGCAUACCUUUAUGAUUGCUCGCCGCAGUGAAUCGAUUUGUUCCCUCAAUCGAUACGUCGAUCCUCUGUCCUCCCCAAGGGUUUCCUCCAGAACUCGUCCUCUGCUUUCGUCCCAACUUGAGCGCCGUCAAGUGAAUGUCCCAAUGAUACAACGCAGGUUCGAGAAUCCAGUGGCACGCACUCAAUCGCCAUCUACUGCACAUGCGAUGGAGGAUGUUUCUUGUGCUGUGAAGAAGGGUCUCAUGGCUAGGCGCAGAUCCGAUCUUAUCGCGAUGCUGAACGAUCCUGCAUCGGCGAAGCGGCGCAGUCUUAUGAUUGACUGGGAAAAGGCCUUUGAGGAAGCUGGUCUGGAGCCUCCUCCGAGUCCUCCUCGAUGUCUUCUCCCACCGCGAGACUAUAAAUCAAACAACAGUUCUGCCAUCUUCAAAGAGAAAUCUCCAGAUUUCUGUGCUGUCUGCAAAAAACCCCUCUACGCGGCUGAAAUUAGAGCCUACGAUGGUUUUCGCCUGCAUCCGAAUUGCUUCCGUUGCGUGGAAUGCCACCGCUCUCUUCGCCCAGACAUUGCCCACUACCUGCGUCACCAGACUGACCUGUCACCACCAGGGUCACGUUGGUAUUCCUCCAACAACAGCCCAAUGACUUCUGAGGCAGCAGAACGCACGAUGCCAGAGUCGUCUGAUGAACUGCGUCGUAGGCUUACAGCUAGGGGAAUUCGCGACGAGCCUGCCCCACCAAUCCUCCUUACAUCUCGAAACAUCCCCGGCACCCUUGGCCUGCCUGAGUGUGUGCGUCGCGCAGCCUUCGACGAACGCCUCUAUCGCCUUAAUGGUUGCCCCCCGCCGGACAAUUUUGUCAGCGAUCGCACCUCUCGAAUUCUUGAGGGAGAAGAAGACUGCUUUGCGUAA